AUGCAAAGCGACGGCAGCUUCCCUGUUCCUUCAGAAUUGUCUCAUGAGACAACAAUCACAGUUAAUCAGUCACAGAGCUUGGCUAGUCUUCUAAUCUCUGUGCAGGUGAACCGCAGCACAGCCCUGCUGAAGAGUUUAUCUGCUGAGAGAGAGCGAUGGGAAAAGACCAGCGAGACCUUCAAGAACCAGAUGUCCACCAUCGCUGGAGACUGUCUGCUCUCCGCCGCCUUCAUCGCUUACGCUGGUUACUUUGACCAGCAGAUGAGACAGAACCUCUUCACCACCUGGUCCCAUCACCUCCAGCAGGCCAACAUUCAGUUCCGCACGGACAUCGCCAGGACGGAGUAUCUCUCCAAUGCGGACGAGAGGCUGCGCUGGCAGGCCAACUCACUGCCCGCUGACGACCUGUGCACCGAGAACGCCAUCAUGCUGAAGCGCUUCAACCGGUAUCCGCUCAUCAUUGACCCAUCAGGUCAGGCCACGGAGUUCAUCUUGAACGAAUAUAAAGACAAAAAGAUCACCCGCACCAGCUUUUUGGACGAUGCCUUCAGGAAGAAUUUGGAGAGCGCUCUGAGAUUCGGCAACCCUCUGCUGGUGCAGGACGUGGAGAGCUACGACCCAAUACUGAACCCGGUGCUCAACCGGGAGGUGCGCAGGACCGGCGGCCGAGUGCUCAUCACGCUCGGAGAUCAGGACAUCGAUCUGUCUCCUUCCUUCGUCAUCUUCCUCUCCACACGAGACCCCACGGUAAUGCUCUCGUGUGCUUCACACUGUCUGAGAGAGAUCAGACCAAGCAGAAAAAAUUUAGUAUUACUAAUAUUGCAGCCUGCACUGCAAACUGUGCUGAAGAUACUCGUCAAAGUCAGGCCACACAAACCUGAUUCAUGA